AGCUCAGCCCCCGCCAACGACAAAACCCCAGGGGAACAUUGAAGCAAGCAUCAACUCGCCGCCUCGUUCAGCCAUUCUCCCUGGAGGGACCCUCACCGCGAGCUCUACUUCACUCACACCCCCCAAUUCACCCACCAUGGCCGACGCCCCCAUUGUUCUCGAUGGAGGUACCGGUUUCCUCAAGGUUGGAUAUGCGGCGCAGAAUUUCCCCGAGCACCAGUUUCCAAGCAUAGUGGGACGACCCAUCCUUCGAUCAGAGGAACAAGGCGAGAGCGAUAUCGUCCUCAAGGAUAUUAUGUGCGGAGAUGAAGCCGCCGCUGCGAGAUCAAUGCUUCAGAUUAGCUAUCCGAUGGAGAAUGGUAUCGUCAAGAAGUGGGAUGACAUGCAACACCUUUGGAAUUACACAUUUUUCGAUAAGAUGAACAUCGACCCUACAGGACGAAAGAUUCUUUUGACAGAGCCCCCGAUGAACCCCCUCAGGAACAGACAGAAAAUGGCCGAGGUCAUGCUGGAGGACUAUAACUUCGGUGGCGUCUACGUCGCGAUCCAGGCGGUGCUGGCUUUAUAUGCGCAGGGACUUAGCAGCGGUGUUGUGGUCGACUCUGGCGAUGGUGUCACUCACGUUGUUCCCGUCUUCGAAUCGACUGUUCUCAACCAUCAUAUCCGUCGCUUGGAUGUCGCCGGUCGCGACGUCACAAGAAACCUGAUUGCGCUUCUGCUCCGACGUGGAUAUGCCUUGAACCGUACGGCAGAUUUUGAAACCGUGCGUCAAAUAAAGGAGAAGCUGUGCUAUGUUUCAUACGACUUGGAACUCGACCAACGACUGUCAGAAGACACGACAGUACUCGUUGAGUCCUACACCUUGCCAGACGGACGUGUUAUUCGAGUCGGCAGCGAACGUUUCGAGGCCCCAGAAUGUCUCUUCCAGCCUCAUCUAGUCGACGUCGACCAGGACGGUCUUGCGGAGCUUGUCUUCAACACGAUCCAGGGAACAGAUCUCGACGUUCGUGGCAGUCUUUACAAAGCUAUUGUUCUCAGCGGUGGAAGCUCCAUGUAUCCCGGCUUGCCAUCUCGUCUAGAGAAGGAAAUUAAACAACUGUGGUUGACCAAGGUGCUGCAAGGAAACCCGGAACGACUGAACAAAUUCAAGGUCCGUAUCGAGGAUCCACCACGACGAAGGCACAUGGUUUUCCUCGGUGGUGCUGUGCUGGCCAACUUGAUCGCCGACAAGGAAGAUAUGUGGGUAAGCAAAGCCGAAUGGGAAGAGCAAGGUAUCCGGGCUCUGGACAAAUUAGGUCCACGAUCAUAAAACGGUUCAUUUAUUCUUUCCAUUUUCCUGUUUAUAGCGUAGGUUCAAUGGAUAACUAGUGCAAGAAGAUACUGAUACUCUGAUACUCAUUUAUCGGAAAGUUCGUAUAGAUGAAGUAGUGCAAACAACAACAAACCAUUAAAUCGAUGACU